UUCUCGUUCUUGCUUUUCAAUUCGAGUUUUGGAUUUAUAACUUACGUUAUUCUAUAUUACAAAGGCAGCAAUAAGCGUAACAUAAUUUAAGCGUUGAAGUGAUAACAUAUUGAUUUGUCCUAUACAGGUUUUGGAGUUUGUUUAAAUUAAAAACAACGACAGUUUUCUUUUAGUUCUUCUGGUUCUGAUUCAUUGAAGGACGUAAUCGAAAUGAAGAAAAUUGUAAUUUUUGGAUCUACCGGCAUGACCGGCCUUUGCGCUGUUGAAGCAGCAGUGAAAAAAGGUUUACAAGUGCGAGCAUUUCUUCGCGACCCCAAAAAAUUGACGGACAACCUCAAAGACAAAGUAGAGAUUUUUAAAGGCGAUGUCCUCGAACCAGAUUCAGUCGCGAACGCGGUAGAGGGCAUGGAUGGAGUUGUAGUCGUCUUAGGCACUCGCAGCUGUCUUGAUCCUACUUCAGACCUUUCCGAAGGUCUGAGGAACAUUCUAGAAGCGAUGAGAGCUAAGAAUGUGAAGACUAUUAGUACUUGUCUUUCGGCUUUCCUAUUUUACGAGCCGGAUAAAGUACCACCAAAGUUUCAGCAUUUAACCAAUGACCAUAGAAGGAUGUAUGAAGCCUUGAAGGAAACAUCCAUGAACUGGGUCGCCGUUUUCCCCCCACAUAUAUCGGAGGAACCGAGUUGCGAGGUCAUAAUUCAAUUGAAUCCUGAAAAGUCACCGGGCAGGGCCGUGUCCAAAUGGAACCUCGGUGAAUUAUUGGUGAACGCACUCACUGAACCAAAGUAUUACGGAAAUAUUGUUAGCCUCUGCGAUGCUCCUAAACAGUAGUAGGUAUUGUUAUAUGAUUGGCUGUGCGAAGCAACUGCCAGUAAACUAUAGAGAAAAAAAAGUUUAAAAAUAUGACAUUUUUUGGCGGGAAAUGUCAGUUGUUAGGUUAUGAAUUUUAACCGCGAUUUUCUGUUUGAAUAUUAUUAUAAAAACGUGUUUUACUGGAAAUUUACGGGAAACUAAAUUCUAUUUCUUUAUUUCGUGCAUUUGUUGCGUUUAAAUUUUAUAUAAUCUACUUUAUUAUAUGUUAAAAUAUGUGGAAUUGUUUCACCGCCAGUGAAAUAUUUUGGCCGUUUAUAGGGAUUGAAUUGAACAUGACACUAAAGUUUAAAUGUUUAAAUACAGUUUCAAAUACUCUUUAAUUGUGAACCGUUGUGAUUUAAUAUAAGUGUAUAGUUUAGUUUUCAGUAUUUUUAAUUACGGUUGUACGCUCAAAUAGUUUAUAUUAUUUUUAUUAUGAAAGAAAGUAUAAAACUGACAGUGGGCAAAUGUGUAAGGUUGUAUUAAUUAAAAAACUAGAACCAAAGGUUGUAUUUAACAAAUAAUGCGUUUUGAACGCUCAUGAAAUAUGCAAUAUAGAAAAUAAUUUAAUCGGAACUUUCAAAAAACUAGUUCAAGUCAAUACACGUUCAAGGCUAUGAUGGAUUGUUUUUUUUUAUAUAUUUUACCUUUCUUUUGUUAUCAAUGUACUUGUAGAUAAACUUAAGAAAAACAAAGAUACGCUUAAGACGUCCAUUUAUCUACAAUUCUUAUCAUUUUGUAUCUCAAAGUCCCCUAUGCGGCCAAAUCUAACGAAACACUUGUAAUGAUAGGAAAAAUGUCUGGAAAUAUAUUUUUACACGAGGAAUAACGCAAUAAAAGUUACUAGUA